AUGGUUGGUUCUCCUGCAAAAAUAGGAUUUUAUAGCAAAAACACCAGAAAUUUAGAAAUGAUGAAUAACAAAGAGAGUUUUGGAACUGACUUAGGUGAUAUCUUUAACAUGUCUUCAUUAAAUAACUCUCUUAGUAGAGUUUUUGGAAAUUUGCUUGAUGGUAAAUUAAAAAUUAUUAGUUACUUAAAAUUACUGAUUAUUGAUUCAUUAUUGAUAGUUGUUUAA